UUCGAGUCGAAUAAAAUGAAUAGCCAGUUCGUAUCAAUAGCCAAUAGCUUAGUCUAGGAGAAAUAAUAAUUAAUUAUUAACACGAUAAAGUAUAUUUUAUUCAUUCAUAUAUCAAAAUACUUAGCAUCCUAUUGAAUUGCGACCAGAUUUAUGGAAUGUAUAAUCUGUCAGACAAAUGGAAUUUUACUAUUACAAAUUACGAUCCAAAUUAUAACCUGUUCCUUUAUAAUUCUAUAUGAAUUAAAGUGAAACUACUAAUUUUAAAAUAUUUGUUUCAUCUGUAAAUCCUUUCCCAACAAAAUUCUCUUGUGAUUAAAUCAUCUCAGUCAAAGGAUGGAAGUAUAAAAUAGAUGAAUCUAAAACAUUCCAUUGUGAAUAUAUAUACAUUAGCAUGGUAUGUGAUUUAGAUACCUAAGUGAAAUUAAAAUUUUAAUUUGGAAGUCGAUUUAUGAAAAGACCAUAAACAAUUUCAAGAAAAUUUGAACCAUCAUCAUAAUUUAUUAAAAAUAUGAAUCAUUAAUAAUUGGAAAGAAUGAAUUCAGAUUAAUUAAAUGCUGAAGUUGCAGAAAUUAAAAAAAGAAGAAAAGAAAAAUUAAGAUAACGUGGAAUUUUUAAAGAUUUAAUAAAAGAAAAUAUACAAAAAGUAAUUGAAUAUAAUGAAGAACAUUAAAAAAGUUUCAGAGAAUUAAAAAAAACUUAAGGAGAUAAUAGAAUAGGAGAUGUGUUAUGCAGGAAAAAGUUGAUGAGUUAAAAUGAAUAAUAAAGAAAAGAAUAUUAAUAAAAAACUAAAGAAUUGAGUAAAAUAAUUCGAUAGAGACAUAAUUUUGUUUAAUCAAAAAAGAAUCUAAAAAAUAGAGUGUGUACACAUUGGUUUAAUAGUAUUUACAUGUCUUUAAUAUGUACAAAGAUUUAUUUUAUGUUUCAACAUAAAAUAGAAGCAUAAAAUCAAUCUACUUUAAUGGCAUUUUAAGUUAAAAGAAUUAUGAAAAGAAUUCAUAAAAGAUUAAGUGCAAUAAAAGGAGUAACUAUUUAUGAUAGAGUAUUUUUCGAUGUUAAAUUGUAAUUUAUAAAUAAAUCAUUAUUCUAGAGUAUUACAAGGUUUCUGUAAAGCAGUAUAUCAAAAGCAACUUAAAUUGCAUAUUGAUAAGAUUGUGCCACACUUAAAAGUUAGAGCAGAAAUCUAUCAUUUAAAGAAUCAAGUUCUUAUUACAAAUCAAAAAAUUUUAAAGAUUAGAGCAUUAUUUUUAGAGUUUUUAUUAAGAUUCAAAUCUUAUAAAUAAAUGCUUCAUAAUCUUUGGAACAAAUAUUUUAAAGAGCAAUUCUUAAAAUAUUACAAUGGUUUAGAUUAGGGUAAAAAGGAGACUAUUUAACCAUUUAUUCUUUAAUUGUAAAAUUAAGAUAAUUUUAUGUAUUUUACAUAAAUAAUUAACUUAGACAUUUUUAGAGCAUAUUUAUAGAAACUUACAGUAAAGAUAAAUUAAGGAAAUAUUUAAAAGAUAUGAGUGUUUAUGCCAAAUAUCUGAAAAAGCUUAGAUCUCAAAAAUAUAACAAAACAAAGAGAAGAGACUUUGCCUAAGAUUAAGUGAUGCAUUAGCCACGAAUGUUUUAAUUACCUGCAUAUGAUGAUGUAUUGGAAUAUCUUCCUUAACUUGUCAUAAACAAUUAGAAAGUAGAUUCAAGAACUUCGUAAUAGAUGUAACAAUCGUAAAUUCCUUUGAUUCAAGAGUCUUUAGAGAAAAAAAAGAAACAAACAAAAUAAAAAAAAUGAAUUUAAUAUUUAAUUAA